GGUGGCGCCGCCCCCCGGCCCCGAGCCGCUGGGCGGAGCCGCCCGCUGCUCCCCCGUCACUGCCGGCCUCCCCCCGCGUCCCCCUCCCUGGCUCCCGGGACAUCCGGGCCCUCGCUGCCGCUCAACUCCGACGGGCCCAGAGGGGCCCACCCGCCGCACUCCCCCGACGGCGGCGGCGGCCCGGCCUCCUCCCCUUGCCCGGCUGGCGCGCCGUGAGCCCAGCAUGGGGGGCAGCCUCUAGGGAGCCCCCUGCUGCCAUGCAGAGUCCCGCUGCCCGGCCUGGGUGAGGGGCCUGCAGCAGCACCGGGCAGAGAGACCCUGGGCCCCAGGGGAAAGGUGCUGCCUGCAUCCAGCAGGAGACAGCCUUGCCCCACCCCGUCCCCCCUUGGGGAGGGGUCGGCUCCGCCAGCUGUUCGGCCCUGACACCGAGCUAGUGCCUGGGCCAUGUUCCCGCGCCCCCUCGCCCCGGUGGCAGUGCGCGGUGCAGAGAUGGGAGCCAUCUCCGUGCGCCGGGCCGGGGCGCCCACCAGGAUGCGGGGCAGCAGAGGCACCAUGCUUUUGCCCUCCAUGCUUAUGUUUGGGGUGAUUGUGGCUUCCAGUGGCCUGCUGCUCAUGAUUGAGAGGGGCAUUUUGGCAGAGGUGAAGCCACCACCACUCCAUCCCCCACAUGGAGACCUUGCUCGGAGGAGCAGCGGUGACACCAGGGCAGCGGCUCCCGAGGACAUGGAUUACCAGGUGCUACAAGAUGUUCGUAACCGGACAAUCCGCACCCUGUGUGGGCAAAAGAACAUGCCUCACAGCAUCUGGGAGCUUUCAGCAGGUCAGAGGAGAACAGUGCUCAAACACAUCCUGGUCAGCGAUAAAUAUCGCUUCUUAUACUGCUACGUCCCCAAAGUCGCCUGCUCCAACUGGAAACGAAUACUGAAAGUUUUGGAUGGAGCGCUGGAGAAUGUGAAUGUCAAGCUCAAAAUGGACCACAAGAAUGACUUGGUUUUUCUCGGCGACAUGAAGCCAGAUGAGAUCAGCUACCGGCUAAAGCACUACUACAAGUUUAUAUUUGUUCGAGACCCAAUGGAGAGACUUUUAUCAGCUUAUAGGAAUAAAUUUGGAGAGAUCAAAGAGUACCAGUUAAAGUAUGGUGUGGAAAUAGUAAAAAGAUACCGAAAAAGCCCCAGAAAGUCCACAGGAGAUGAUGUCACCUUUUCUGAGUUUCUCCUGUACCUGUUAGAUGAAGAGGCAGAGAGAAUGAACGAACACUGGAUGCCAAUCUACAACCUAUGCCAACCCUGUGCGGUUAGGUAUGAUUUCAUCGGAUCAUAUGAAAAACUGAAUGUGGAUGCAAAUUACAUUCUUGAACAUGUUCAAGCGCCUUCUUUUAUCCGUUUCCCAGAACGACAGUCGUGGUAUAAGCCUGUGACUCAAGAAACUCUACAUUACUAUCUGUGUAACACUCAGCGUGGGCUUAUAAAAGAACUGUUACCAAAAUACAUUCUGGAUUUCUCAUUGUUUGCCUAUCCUCUUCCAAAUGUUACUAGUGAAUUUUGCAGGCAGUGAACUUUUUCUAUUUGUGGGCUGGUCUACUAUGCUAGAAACCUAUGCUGAUAGAGUAAUGUUGUGCAACAUUUUUAUACUGGCAAAAGCUCGAGUGUAAGCAGUUUUAUCAGCAUAAAAGUACUUUUGCUGGUGUAGAUUAUUUCACUCAACAACCUAUAUAAAUUCUACUGGCAAAAACACUUUUAUGCCAGAAUAAACUGCAGCUACACUAGGAGAGUUUGCUGGUAUAGACAAAGCCGGUGAAGCAAUCUGUGUCCUAUGCAUGUUUCCUAAUUUUAUACUUUUUAAACCUUUUAAAAUAUCAAAUAUCAUAUGAUAUAUAUAGCCUUUACAACUAUAAUAUCUUUUACCUUUGUAUGGUUCCAAUUUUACUAUGUCUAUGUGCCGCUGAGUUAAGCACAAUAGCUUUUAUAUAUGUUUUUUAAAAACUUCUUUCUACAACACAAGACAGCGAAUAUAUGCAAAAGAAUCAGGAAAUGGAUAUAUUUUAAGCACAAAGCAUUGUUCUGUUUUUGUGGUCCAGGUUACAUAUUCUGGGGCAGAAUUACCCACAGCAUCAACUGUAUUAGCUGUUUUUUAAAGAAUUACUGUAGGAUAGUUAAAUUAUUCCUAGGUUGAACUGGUGGAAGCAGUGAUGGGAAAUUUUGAGAGAAAAGUCUUUUGUAAAUUAGGCCUGAGUAUCCAUAAUCUUCAGAUUUGUGGAGUGCAUCUAAAGCUGACAAGUCAGUUCCUGUUCUGAGACGUAGUAAUGCCUGGGUUGUAGUGUUUUUUAUUUCAGUAUUGAACCACAGUCGUAUUCAUAGAAAAAGUUAAUGUGUUCCUCUUGAUACAAGAUGUUAAUUCAAACACAAUUCACUGUUCAUUUUAUUUUGUGUGAUCAAAGAUCUGAGCAUACCAAUUACUUACACAGUGAAACUAACAUUUGGUGCAGCAAUGUACUUAUUACUAAUAAAUUCUUCUUUUGUUCCUCUUUUUUUUAAAAUGUUACUAAAAUCAAGUGUUUCUCAGCCCUUGUAACGAAAUUUAGAAAAUAGCUUACAGUGGUUAUUUACAGCCUAUGGAGAAAAAACAAGAAAAAAUGCUUUAUGCAGCUGCAUUUGGUGCUACUGUAAGUAAAUGCUCAGUUCUACUUUUUAUAUGUGCAUGACUUUUUAUAGCUAUUUAUAUGUAAGAAUUAUGAUUCAACUUUAAAAGUGUGGAUGAUAAUGUUCAGAAUUGUUCAUGACAGUUUAUACAUGCAUUUAUGCAUUUUUAAUAAAAUUUAUAUAUAAAUUA